UGGUUGCUCUCUAAACUUUGACCCGGAUGUUGCUAUUGCAGCUGCUCGUGCCGAAAACCUGCAACGCGAGCAGCAUGGAGCGCGAGCAAAAUCAGAAGACCACUUCACAGGAAUUACUUUCUUGUGGUAACGGGGAAGGUAUCCACGGGAAGCUUCUCCUGAAGUCCAAAGCUUCAAAGACCGGUGGCUCUGUUCAGACCACGAAAGUACCUCGAAGCAGCGUGCUGGACCGACUGCAGACCUUCCUGCCGCAGAUGGCGCGGGCCAACCAGCAGCUGACAGAGGAGCUGGAGUCCUCCCCCGCCGGUCGCUUCGACAUCGAGUGCGUCGGCGAGGCAGAGAAAGUCAUUGAAAUGGACGUGGCCCUGGUGGAGCUGCGGGACUCCGACACGGACGCGGAGACGUCGAGCGACAGCAGCUCCGACUCGGACCCCGACGAGGAAGGCAACGUCGCGGAGGCCGCCCUCAAACUUCCAGGGGACGGGAGGAAGAGGAAGCCCAAUAUCGAGGUUCUGGAAGAUUCUUAGCCUGCAAGCGUAGGGCUCAUGUCCACACAUCACAGUUCACUUUGAGUGCA